AGAGUAUGCGAAAGAGUGGAGCAGUUGUGAUGUUUUGAUGAAGCCACACUUUACCAAAAGAUUCAGUUCUAGAAGAGAGGCUUUUAUUCGGAGUCGAGCCUCUGCUUCGGAGCUUCUGAUUCACACGUAACAAUUCUAGUGUGCAGAGCUUUUUUUUUUUUAAUUAGUUAGCCAGUGUGGCUAAGUAGCCGUUAGCUCUGAGUAACCAUGGAGGAUGAAGACGUGUCUGAUAACUGGGAGGAAGCAGCAGAUAGCGGAGAGAUCGAGAGGCGACUUGAAGCGAAGCUGAAGAUGAGUCAGAAGUCUGAGAGUGUACCUGUGAAGACGGGUGUAGUGAUCCAGGACGAGUCCCUGCCCGCCGCCCCGCCUCCCCAGAUCCGUAUCCUGAAGCGCCCUCCCAGUAAUGGCAUCCUAAACUCACCGGGCGCGAGCACUCGACCCACACAGCAACCCAAGUCUCUGAAACAGAGAGAGGCCGAGUACGCCGAGGCCCGGAGGAGGAUUCUGGGUAGCGCCAGUGCUGAAGAACCCGUUCGGGAGAGAGAGGACUCGGACAGAUCAGCGACAGACCCUCUCCAGACGAACAGUAACGUUAUUCGGCAGCCCCGGGGGCCGGACGGCACUUCAGGGUUCCGCCUCAGCAGAUAGAGAGACAGUGAGUGCCCAGGACAUAAAGAAAACCAGAGCUGCUUCGGUAGCCGGUCCCCACUUUUCAGGUUGAAAAAGGGACGAUGCCAUGACCGCGUGAUCGUCGUCUCAGUGCGUACACUCCGAGUCUCUCUAACACUCGCUGGGGUCCAGGCAGGAAUCACUGCAGUGUUAGAACGCGGGUUCAAAGCGCCUUUGACCUGCCCAAACAAAAAUUUUAAGGAAACAGUUAGUUAAUUAUGGUAAAACACAGAAUUAGUUAAGCUUCAGGGAUGUCAAUCCGUCCAACCACACGUGCAGUCUCAGGAGGAUGGAAGAGACACCCGGAGACCGCAGCAACCCAGCAGCGAGGAGAAGCACAGUGAGAGCUCUACAGAAAGCUCUCCAGCUGGAUACUGGUGCACAUGUUUCUGACCAAACACAGCGUGGCAUGAGACUUGCACAGCAUCCAGUAUGACCUGUGUUCACGGCCCACCAUUGGCACCUCAUUCAUGUUUACACUGAGAACACGUGACGGACGUGAAAGAGUCUAGGAGUCUUGAGAUGGCGUGGUCCAAAAUUGUGAUGCUUCAGCCGUUUGGCGGUGGGUCAGUGAUGGUCCAGUGGGACGCACAGAGCGUCGUGUCAUAGCCAACGGAGCCCUUUCUGCUCAGAGGUACUGGAGGAAAUCCUCAUCGAGAUCAGACCUGCAGUGGGCACUGAUGGAGGAGGACCGGUGGAGGACGAGGCCCAGCCUUAUGCGACAGGGUGGUUAGACAUUGUCUGGUCCUCGUGUCCCCCAGACCUGAAUCUUGUCAAGCGCCUACAGGACAUCGUGUGUCUCUGUAUCGGAUGCCACAACGGAUGUCCAGGAGCUCGCCGAUGCCCUGCUCCGGGUCUGAUGGGAGACACCGACUCAUCAGGAACAUGCCCGGGCGUGGUCGGGUCGGGAGCGCGUAGUUCUGAGUCAUGUUACGAGGAGCCAGUGUGGUUUUGAACACACUCCUUCACUGACUGUUAUGUCGUUGAUUGUUAUCAGGACAUGAAGUAGAUCUGAACCAGAUUAAACUGCAGCAGCCCUUUAACUCUAAAAUAACGUCCACACAACAGGUUUAUAAUUUAGAUCUUCACCGAUCAGGCUCAUGGUUUAAAUGCGUGUUUUAAAAUGUGUUUGUGUCUUUGUGUGUGUUUGUGUUUAUUAGUACUGUAGAACUCCUUUGUUUCUGAUCUUUAGACAGACACAUCAUGGUUUGUAUAACGCAAAAUAUUUUAUGAGCCUCAGACCUUUCUGUGGUCGAGAACAAACCCAAACCGAACUAGCCCUGAACCCAGUACUGCAUCGAAAAUGCUCUUUGUGAAGGUACGAGAUAAUUACAACACAGACAGAUUUUAAAAAUUUAUACAACCAGAAGUAUUCCUGACGAUUGAUUUAUGUAAACAUCACAUUGUGAACAUCUUUUAAGUUGUUAGGGGAUUUCCCCGUCUUUAUCGGGAGCAUUUCAGUAUUUAGGUUUGUCCUGUUUUAAGUCUGAAGCCUCACUUCCUUCAGUCAGAAGCAGGUGUUAUUCUGCACACAGGAAGUUGCCUCUGCAGAAAUCUUCACCAGCCACUUUCACUUCCUUAAACUGACUUGAAACUCCCAACAUUUUAAAUAUUAAGUUGUUGUUUUUUUUCCACCCACUGUCACUACGGUUUUCUGUAGAACUCGGUCAUGAAGAUCAAAUAAAACAGCAGGUUUCAGUAACCGAUGAACCCUGAGAACCCCCCCGUGGUGUGUGUACUGUGUAAUCCAGGUGUGGUGGUGAUGCGUCAGGAGGUGAUCUCUAAUAAACACACACUGUAGGUAGGGUUAGUGAGUACGCACAGGCAGUAAUUAAGUCUGUGUGCUUCGGUCGAAGUGUUUAUUUUCCCACAAUCCUCUGCCUUAAUUACAGCAUGCUGUCUGGUGUCGUACUUACUGAAUGUUUAGGGGAAAAAAAUCAUUCUGGAGUUUUAUCUUUUUCUGUCACAAAUGUUCUUUGUUUUAUGUGUCAUUAAAUGAUUUGGUUAGCCUUCUGCAUUCAUUUA